AUUUGAAUAGUAUGCUAUCUAUUUCUCAAUAAUUCACAUAGCUAGUAUAUAUAUACAACAGCCUCUGAUAAAUAAAAGAUAAGAGGCCAUCUCUUAUUUCCAUCUUAUAGCUCUUACCCCUCCACCAUGUCCUGCAGCACCCUUAUCUUUUUCUGCCUUCUUUUCUUUCUCCUUCUGCACCCUCCUCCGGCCGCUGCCGCCGUGGCCGCCCCCGACCUCCUCACCCAGGUAUGUGGCACCACCGGAAACUACACUGCGAACAGCAGCUACCAAUCCAACCUCAACGAUGUCCUCUCCUUCCUCUCCUCAAACGCCUCCGCGUCCCCCUCUGGCUUCGCCGCCACCACCCUCGGCCGCAGCCCCGACGAGGUAUCCGGCCUCGCCCUUUGCCGCGGCGAUGUCAACGCCACCGACUGCCGCGCCUGCCUCAACGUCGCUGUGCAGGACGCCCCUCAGAUCUGCCCUGCUACGAAGGCAGCCGUACUAUGGUAUGAUCCCUGCCUCAUGCGCUACUCCAACCAGCACUUCCUCGCCUCAACGGAUAACUCGCCAGAGACGAUCCUGAUGAACACGCAGAACAUAACGGGCGCCGACUCCAACCGAUUCAACAGGCUCGUCGCCGCCCUCAUGAACGCCAUGGCAGACCGGGCGGCGAACGACACGAAGAGGAGGUACGCAACGGGGGAGGUUACAAAUUUCACGCAGCUGAAUCCGACGAUAUACGGGCUGGUGCAGUGCACGCCAGACCUGUCGGCGUCGGACUGUCGGCAGUGCCUCGGCGGUCUGAUCGGCGAGAUGCCGAACUUCUUGGCGGGGAGGCUGGGGGGCAGAAUUCUCGGCACGCGGUGCAAUUUUAGGUACGAGGUGUAUCCUUUCUACGAUGGGGCGCCGUCGCUGAUGCUGUCGGCUGCAGUGGCAAACGCGCCGGCCCCGGCGCCACCGGUGGGACCUACACCAAUUAUUCCAACGGCAGAAAAAGGAAAAAAAAAGAAUGUAACCAGUACAGUUUUAGCAAUAGCCGUACCUUUAGUGACUGCAUUUGUUCUGAUUUCGACCAUCUGCAUUUGCUUCUGGAGGAGGAGGACAGGAUCUGCUCUAAAAGAACCACUACACUAUGGAGCCGGCGCAGAGGAGAUCAAAAGUGUCGAGUCAUUGCUUAUGGAUCUGUCGACAUUAAGAACUGCAACAGCUAACUUCGCUGAAGAGAAUAAGCUUGGAGAAGGCGGCUUUGGAGCUGUCUAUAAGGGACUCUUACCUGACGGACAAGAGAUAGCAGUGAAACGACUGUCAAAAGAUUCAAGGCAGGGGCUAGGAGAGCUUAAAAAUGAGCUAGUUUUGGUUGCAAAGCUUCAGCACAAGAACCUUGUGCGGCUUUUAGGUGUCUGCUUGGAGGAACAAGAGAAGCUGCUUGUCUAUGAAUAUGUGCCUAAUAGAAGCCUAGACACUAUCCUUUUUGAUUCUGAGAAACGGGGAUGGCUAGACUGGGGAAAAAGGUUCAAGAUUAUCAGUGGAAUUGCUCGAGGCCUACUGUACCUACAUGAAGAUUCUCAGCUAAAAGUUGUACACCGAGAUCUAAAGGCGAGCAACAUCCUAUUAGAUGCCGAGAUGAACCCGAAGAUUUCAGACUUCGGCUUGGCAAGGCUUUUCGGAGGGGAACAAUCUCAGGAAAUCACAAGACAAGUUGUCGGAACAUUUGGAUAUAUGGCGCCAGAGUACGCGAUGCAUGGGUACUUCUCAAACAAGUCGGAUGUAUUCAGUUUUGGUGUUCUAGUUUUAGAGAUCGUAACCGGGAGGAAAAACACUGGUUCCUUCAAUUCUGAGCAGGCUGAAGAUCUUCUAAACUAUAUAUGGGAGAAUUGGAAAAAGGGAACAAUAACAGAGAUCGUGGAUUCAUUCUUAGGCAACGUCUAUCCAAGAAGCGAAGUGGUGAGAUGCAUUCAUAUUGGAUUACUAUGUGUUCAAGAAAACCCAGCAGAUCGGCCCACCAUGUCGAGUGUCAUUGUGAUGCUAAGCAGUAACACUGUGACCCUUGAAACUCCUUCAAAACCGGCAUUUUGCAUUGGAAUGAGUAGCAUGCAACUCAACACGUACUCGAAUGGAUCGAAUUAUCGUGGACUAGUAGCUGAUCAACCCUCGAGCAAAUCGGUUCCACCUUCGCCUAAUGAGGUGUCCAUUACAGAACUUGAGCCUAGGUAGUUGGAGAAAGAAAUUUUCAAAAGACCUAAAAAGUCUUAGAGACUUAUGUUGGUGGAUUUAUCACUUCUAGUGCUUGAAAGAUCCUAUGAAGCAUUGUAACUCUAUUUGUAUCUUUUAUAUGUAUUUUAGUGUCUUUCGCAGCUGAAUAUCUACGUUUCCCAAAUUGUACUCAAAUUUGAAGAAAUGAUUAAAUAAUUGGUAU